CGUCAGUUUAGAUUCGGUGCCGCAUUUUAUCUACACUACACAUCUCCAAGCUGAGAGAAGUUGCGAGAAAGACAAGCGAGUACUUUGUCUUUACUAAAUUAAUUUUUUUGCUCAUCCAUACAUUUGAUCAUUUUGCGGAUAACAGAAACAAUCUUAACUGAAAGCAAAGUGGCCGAUCUAUGGAGCGCUACGGCGAACGUGUGAAAACAGACCCGUCCGAAACUUAAGACACCUUUCUAGCGUGCCUAUCUUACUAUUGUGGCUCGCGCAUCAUGUCGGCGAUCAGGCGAAAAUUCGGCGAAGACUAUCAGGUUGUGAACACCAACCGGGCUAUGUCCUUUUCUGCCCCGGCCAAAAGAAAGCGCCAGAGGUUCGUGGAGAAAAACGGGCGCUGCAAUGUCCAGCACGGUAACCUUGGCGGCGAGACCAGUAGGUACAUCUCUGACCUCUUCACUACGCUAGUGGACCUCAAGUGGCGCUGGAACCUGCUAAUUUUCCUUUUAACUUACACUGUCGCGUGGCUUAUCAUGGCAUCUAUGUGGUGGAUCAUCGCGUACAUCCGCGGGGACCUCGGCCACGGGCACGACGAAUCGUACACACCGUGCGUCGCCAACGUUUACAACUUUCCCUCAGCUUUCCUGUUCUUCAUCGAAACUGAGGCGACUAUAGGCUACGGGUACAGAUACAUAACGGAGAAGUGCCCUGAGGGCAUCAUACUUUUUCUGUUCCAAUCGUUGUUGGGCUCGAUCGUGGACGCGUUUCUCAUCGGCUGUAUGUUCAUUAAGAUGUCUCAGCCUAAGAAACGCGCAGAGACCCUCAUGUUCAGCCAGGACUCGGUCAUCUCACAACGGGACGGGAAGCUCUGCCUCAUGUUUAGGGUCGGAAAUCUCAGGAACAGUCACAUGGUGUCGGCGCAGAUCAGGUGCAAACUCAUCAAGUCUCGUCAAACCCCUGAGGGAGAGUUUCUACCAUUGGAUCAGCGGGAAUUGGAUGUGGGAUUUGGAACGGGUGCUGACCAACUUUUUCUUGUUUCUCCCCUCACAAUAUGCCAUGAGAUCAAUUCCAAUAGUCCUUUUUUUGACCUGUCUCAGCGCUCUCUCAUGAAUGAGCAGUUUGAGAUUGUUGUCAUCCUAGAAGGCAUUGUAGAAACCACAGGCAUGACGUGCCAGGCACGAACUUCUUACACAGAGGACGAGGUUCUGUGGGGUCACCGCUUCCUCCCCGUCAUGUCACUGGAGGAGGGAUUCUUCAGGGUGGAUUACUCUCAGUUUCAUAACACUUUUGAGGUGCCCACUCCUCCCUUCAGUGUGAAGGAGCAGGAUGAAAAAUCCUCCCUGCCCUCUCCCGGCCCCGUUCUCUCACCCACAUUGCUUGAUGGUCGCAAUCGCAGAGAGCGCAUCUUCUCCUUAGAUGGGGUUCCUCAUACCGAAGAACCUGGGUCCAAAUUACCCAGCAAGCUCCAGCGUAUGAGCUCUAAGAAUGGAAAAGAGAUCCUUAAAACUGGAAGCACACAGCCAACUGAAAAGGCCUCCAGCACGGGUGACCUUCCCCUCAGGGUGCAGCGACUCGGAUCCCUGGUGGGUCAAGGGGAGGCGGAAAAUCAGCUCCAGCUCAAACUACUUAAGCUGGGUUCAGAGGCCCACACCCAGUCGGCAGGAGAACUUGAGCAUCACAGACUAGUUCCAAUACCUGCUCCGGUCCCAGGGCCAAGCCUUAAUCCGUUGCCUGCAUCCAGUGACCGACCAGAGGACAACCUCCCUCCAAAAUUACGCAGAAUGAAUGCAGACCACUGAAUGACUCUUUAUUUCUCACACAGAGAUGAACAUUGAGGCUUAGGAAGUAGAGAUAAUUCUCGAUAUAAUUUAAUAUUGAAUAAUAUUUAUUUAAAAAUGACUAUAUUGUGAUUCUUCUUCUCUAUGCUUAUGGAAGAGCCACGUCUUUACAGUUAAACCCCCUGCUUUGCCCUCAAUAAUGAGUAUUGUAGAUUUUCUGAAUUCAGUUUGAAUUCAAAUAAGCUUCAGCUACUUUUAAACAAUUAAGUACCAUUAUAGUAUGAAGACAAAAUAUCACAUGCAUUUAUUUAUACUGUAUAAGUUAUUUAUUAAGUAUUUAUUUAGAGGAACGUUUAAUGAUGUACAUGCUUUAAAUGUAUAAGGCUUUUUGUCACAUUUCUGUCAGCAAUAUAUAUAUAUAUAUAUUUUAAAGUUCAUAUUUAUUGCCAUGAAUGUUAUAAGAAAUACUGGUAGCCUAUGUGAACUAAUUUUAGCCUUCAAUACAGAAAGUACUGAAAAUUCUAUUUUUAAGUUUUAUUUGUCAAAAUAUUUUCUUCAUUUGAGAACAUUUUCAGAAGUUUCUCAUAUUGUUUCAUUGGAAGACACUGUGCAGAGAUGAAAAUUACUGUGCUUUUGAAUCAACAUUUCUGACUAUUUUAAUAAUUUCAUUAUUGAUUUCUAUGAAACAGUACAAUAAAAAUAACUUGGAAAGCA